AUGAGCAAAGCUAUAUUAACCCUUGUUUUGUCGUCCCAUUUUCUUGGAAUUAAUGGUUGCCAACUUGUCAAGAACUUUAAAUUUCUUUGCAACCCUCAAACUCUCUCUGGUCUCUGCUUGUGCUCUGACUCACCUGAUUUGAAAACCGAUUGUUCUCUUACAAUGGCAUUGGCAAGGAUUGCUAGGGCCAACCUGAGAAAAUCAAGAGGUUCCUUUGGUAGUUAUGCGAGUGAGAAUGAUUUAUUCAAUGUGGGAGGAUACACAAGCAGAUGCGACAGACCUUCCAAUGUAACUUUCUAUUCGGAUGGGAAGUUUUCAUAUGUUCCUGCAAUUAAGGAACGGAACUGCGUGAACUUUUCAUUGAGGGGAAUAUCAGGAACUCCAUACCAUCAGUGUUCUUCUGCUAAUGCUCAGACGGUUAUUGAGGAGUCAGAGUCAGAAUUGGAGAAUGAUCAGCCAAGAUAUGCAGGACUAGAGGCAACAAAGCCAGGUGAAAAGCCUAGGGUGGUUGUUCUUGGUACGGGUUGGGCCGCGUGUCGGUUCCUCAAAGGGGUAGACACCAAAAUUUAUGACGUUGUGUGCAUAUCACCAAGAAAUCACAUGGUUUUUACUCCUUUGCUGGCUUCAACAUGUGUUGGAACCCUGGAAUUCAGAAGUGUUGCUGAGCCUGUCACCAGAAUACAAGAUGCAUUAGCAAAGGACCCCAACUCCUACUUCUUUCUAGCUUCUUGCACUGACAUCGACACAGGCAAACAUGAAGUCUAUUGUGAGGCAGUUGACAAUGGUGGAUUGCCUCGAGAGCCUUACCAAUUUAAAGUCGCGUAUGACAAGCUUGUCAUUGCAGCAGGAGCUGAGCCUUUAACUUUUGGUAUCAAGGGAGUAGAGGAAAACGCUUUUUUCCUGCGUGAAGUGAACCAUGCUCAAGAAAUAAGGAAGAAACUUCUCCUUAAUCUGAUGCUUUCCGAAAAUCCAGGCAUAUCGGAAGAUGAAAAGAAACGCCUUCUACACUGUGUAGUUAUUGGAGGUGGCCCUACAGGAGUGGAAUUUAGUGGUGAAUUGAGUGAUUUCAUCAGGACGGAUGUUCAUGAGCGCUAUACUCAUGUCAAAGAUUACAUUCACGUUACACUAAUUGAGGCAAAUGAGAUACUGUCAUCCUUUGAUGUUAGCCUACGGCUAUAUGCAACAAAGCACUUAACAAAGUCUGGGGUCCAUCUUAAGCGAGGUGUAGUGAAGGAAGUGCAUACCAAAAAGAUAGUUUUGAGUGAUGGAACAGAAGUUCCUUAUGGUCUCUUGGUCUGGUCCACAGGAGUUGGGCCUUCUAAGUUUGUGAAAACAUUAAAUCUUCCUAAAUCUCCAGGUGGAAGAAUUGGUGUAGAUGAAUGGUUGCGUGUGCCCUCUGUGGAAGAUGUCUUUUCCCUUGGUGAUUGUGCUGGUUUUCUUGAACAAACUGGAAGGCCUGUGCUUCCAGCUCUAGCUCAGGUUGCUGAAAGGGAGGGUAAGUUUCUUGUGGAGUUGUUCAACAAAAUUGGGAAGCAUAAUGGAGGCAAGGCUUUCUCUGCAAAAGACAAGCCACUUGGAGAGCCUUUUGUGUAUAAGCAUCUUGGGAGCAUGGCAUCAGUAGGUGGCUACAAAGCACUGGUUGAUCUACGACAGUCGAAGGAUGCAAAAGGGUUGUCACUUGCUGGUUUUAUUAGCUGGAUGGUAUGGCGCUCUGCAUAUCUUACACGUGUCCUUAGCUGGAGGAACAGACUUUACGUGGCAGUAAACUGGGCAACCACAUUAGUCUUUGGCAGAGACAAUAGUAGGAUAGAGUGA